AUGGAUAAGAAAAGCAAUCCCGACAAAAAAGACAGUCGGUCCAGUUCGUCUCCUCAAAUACCGAAAAAACGAUCUCGAGUUCGACAACCAUUAAGUUGUUCAGUUUGCAGGAAAAGAAAACUGAAAUGUGAUCGAGCUCGUCCUUGUGGGACUUGUAUAAAAAAGAGUAUUGUACAUUUAUGCCAUUACGAAGAUGAUAAUCGACCCCCAAUCAACCACUUUCUACCUCCUCAGCAACAGUUGCACCAACACAUUGACAAUAACGGAUAUAUACUAACAGACCAUCCAUUACCACCACCACUAGUACAUUAUCAAGAACAAUACAACAAUCAGCACCACCUCCAUCCCCACAACAAUAACAGCAAUUUCGACCCAUCACUUCUGCAUAUACAAGGAAAUGGAAAUAAUCAAUUUCAACAUCAACCUUUAUCGAGUCAAUCACCUCUGGGGAACCAUCAAUACUUACCAAUACCUCCACCACCACCACCACAACAACAACAACAACCAGAACAACAGCCUCCAUCUAUUUCUCCAGUGGGGUAUACCUCUCUGACAAAGCUGUCGCAAACACAAAUCUCCAUUCCAACGCCACCACCACCACUACCACCACCAGCAGCCCCAAAAUCAUCUAAUUCGACAUCGAAUCACAGUAGUCCAAAUAGACCUCCAGCCACUUCAGGACAAAAUAGUUACAACACCAGUAAUUACUCGAAUUUCAAUCCUACCUCAAUUUCUGAUGCCAAUUCUAAACCGAAAUUGAAUUCAAUAAGUUUACCCCUACCCCCACCUCCUCCUCCACCUUCUGUGACGACACCUUCAUUACCUAUUCCUUCCACGACAAAAUCGUCAAUUUCUGGUAUGAGUUUGACUCACGACAACCCAUUCGGACAACUUUCGAUUCCAUCUCCAAUCCCACCAAUAAACGAAUUGUCACCGUCAUUACUGAGACUAAAAUCUUUGGGCACAAACUCAGAGGGAGUCUUGUCACCAACUACAAUUGGAGUAAAUGAUCUUCUCAAUCCAUCUGGAUCUAAUGGUGGCUACAAUCAAGUGGAAAAUAAUGUAUCAUCUGUACAAGAUAAAUCUAACCCAACUGUGCAAAGUGUAUUAUCUGACCAAACAGCAUCAUCAUUGAAAUCCAUUUCAUCACCUCAAGAAAGCGAAUCAUUUUCGUCAAACUCGUUAGUUUCAAUCCCAUUGGGUGCCAAUUCUUCCUUACAAAUCAAUGCUCUGGAUACUAUGGAUGUUUUCACCAAUGGUGUAUUUUCUUUACACUCAACAGGUAAUGAAUGGCAACAACUGGGCACACUUUCUUAUCUUGGAUUAACCAAGAGUGAUCCUUUUAUUACUAUUUUGAGAAAUUUCACCGUGCAUCUAUUCAGAAGUGACGAGUUUUUGAAUGUUAUUCGAAAUGACGCUACAAGAAAACGGAGAAAUUCCAAUGGGAGUUUAAUAUCAAUCAGAUCCAGUAGAACCGGUGAUGAAGGUUUAUCACCAGUAGCAACGAAAAGACCAAAACUAGACAAUAAUGGUAACAACAACAGCAAUGCAUCAAUACCGAUGAACCGAUCAAAUUCGAGUGACUCAAAUUAUUUGUCACAUAAUGUUAAUUUUAAUGAUGCCUUUGAUAUGAUAUCGGAAAAUGGUAAACCAAGCACCAACACACCUUUGGAUACAUUUUCACCUCUGGUACAACAAUAUGAAAGUCCCAAGAAAACACCAGGAGAUAUGGCAUUUAUGCAAUCGUUUUAUAAUGGAGGACAAAAGAGGCAUGAGUAUUAUAGAUUUGUUGAAGAAGAAGUUUUAAAAGUUUUACCUGACAAGACCAAUCUGUUUCAAUUGUUUUGUCGAUUUUUUAGAUUUGUCAACCCAUUCAUCCAAAUAAUUGAUGAACAUGCGUUAUUAUUUGAUAUUAACCCUAUACUCCCCAAGUUUUUAAAGUUUAAUCAUGAGAAAAUUACUGAAAUAAAAAUAAAAAAUGAAAAUGAUUUGAGAACAUUGGGGAUUUUCAUGUUGGUGCUCAAACUUGGAUACCAAACCAUGAUUCAUAACGAUAAUGAACAUAAUAAUUAUAAUGAACAAGAGUUGAGUAUUAUAGAUAGUAUGCAACAAUUGGACAAUCCAACAUUCAAUCGAAUUAUCAACUUGUGUAUUGCAGACGGGUUAAUUACAGCCAGAUCCUCGUUCAAAUUGGUUCAAUUAUUGGCAUUAUUAUAUCAUUAUAAAGGGAUGAGUCCUGAUGACUCUCAUGGCUUAUCCAGUACUGAUUCACAAAUAUUAUUGGGGACAAUAAUCAGACAUGCAUUUUCCAUUGGGUUAAACAGAGAUCCAACUUGUUAUACUACAUUUGAUAAUUUGGCAAAGAAUCAAGUAUUAAUUAAAACUUGGAGACAUCUUUGGUGGUUUUUAGUAGCGACUGAUGCCAUGAGUGCUUUGAAUACAGGUUGUAAUUUGAAUUUAGCAAGUCUUGAUGGGUGUGACGUUGAGUAUCCACAUGUUGCUGAUGAUCCUACUGGUGAAAUGAACAAAAUAUAUGGAGUUUUGGCAAAAAUAUGUGAACAUUAUCGAAAUAUAGUCAAUAAGAUUAAUAAUUUGAGACAAAAACCAAAAGUGGUGGAGAUUUUAAAAGAAACUAAUCAAAUGGAAAGAAUUUUUUUCGAUUUUUUUGGUAAAGAUUUUUUCAAAGAUGUGGUUUGUAAACCAGCUAAAGAACCAACUAAUAUAAAUGGAUUUGAAGAAGCUAGCAAAGAACAUAUGGAACGAGUAGUUAAAGUUUUCAAGUAUUGUUUGUUUGUCCAAUUGAGAACUAAUUUGUCCGGGAUGUAUUAUAAAAUUGCUAUACAUUAUGAAAACGAAUAUGACAAAUCCAAAACUCCUUCUAUGAAAGCAGGGAUUGAAUUGUUUAAAAUUUAUAUUAAAAGUGUUGUACAAUUGGUGUAUAUCAUGUCAUAUGUUUUAGAUAAUUCAGUGUAUUUGUUUGGGAAGAACUUUGAUUAUAUGUUAACUGCAUCAAAUGAAAGGUAUAUGAUCAAAACCCAUUCAUUUUUGACGUCAUUUUUCGUUAGAUUAUUACAUCAAAAGAAAGAACUUUCAUUUAAAGUGUUUAAAGAAAUCAGUUAUAUGUCACGAUUAGAAUGUAUUAAUAAUUUGUUUGACAUUGUUUUAGAAGAUGUGGAAUUAUUUGUUGGUGAUUUCCGAAGAUUAUCAAAGACAUAUAUCAAUUCUUAUCGGUUAUAUAUUAUCACAUUUAUUGUUUUAAGACAAUCAAUUGAUAAUUCUGAUGCAUUUUUCGAAAAAGCCGCUAGUGAUCAACUGUUUUUCCAUCAAGGAACAAAUAUGAUUGAAUUUUUUUCUCAACAAGAAUUGAAUCAUUUAUGCCGUUUAUGUAGAGAUUGGAGAAAUAUUAAAGAAGCUCAAAAAAAAUAUAAAGAUGCUAAAAAAAAUAAAAAUGAUACUAAAGAUGAUGGGUUUGAUCCAUUAAAAGAAUUGGAGAGUAAAUUAUUUGGUUCAUCAUUUUUUGAUGAUGAUAAUAUUUUCAGUAAUUUGAAUAAUUUGAGUGAUGAAAUUUUGGAUCCAGUUGCUUGUAAAGAGGAUUUAAUCAGAUUAUUCAAUAUUUAUGGUGAUUUCAAUGAUCUCUUAUAG